AAUUUUUUUUUUUUGGAGAUUGAGCAAAGUGAAACGACCACCAUUCCUAUGGGAAUGCUCUGUAGCUUCCAAUUACUCUGCAGCUGCCGUUGCCACUGUAACUGACGAUGUGGAACAGUACUCAAGCGGCGGCCAUGGCUACAAUUAAUCUUAUCCACAGACCAACCUUUUUUUGUACUAUCGGUUUCACUAUUAGCGCCAUCAAGGUUCCGUUUCAUCGCCGGAAAUGGAAGCCAAGGCAAAUUGCAGUUUCCUCGGCCCCUUUAACUCAACCCAACACCUUUCUUUCGGUCUCUCUAUCAAACUUAGGCCCAAACGAGGAACAUCGUCAGCUUCUUCCCGAUACUUCGGACGAAGAUUUUGUAGUUGUUAAUUUCUACCAUUUUGUGUUCAUUGAAGAUCCCGAAGCUGAGGUCUCUAAGCAUCUCUACUUCAUGAGGGACUUGGAUAUACAUGGACGAGUCUACCUUAAUGAACAAGGAAUUAACGCACAGAAGGGCUGGAAAUUGAUAUUUGUGGGCAUUUCAACUUGCAGUGGGCCAUCAAAACAUGCUCUUGCUUAUGCUAACUGGUUAAGAGAAGAUCCCAGAUUUUCCGAUAUCCUAGUUCAAGUUUCUCCAGCAAUAAAUGGCCAUGCAUUUCCAAAGUUGAAGUUGCGUUAUAAGCCCUCACUUGUACAAUUGGAAGGAGAAUUUUCACAUCUUCCCUUACUUGACCCAUCAAAGCGAGCAACUCCUCUAACUCCAUCUGAGUGGAGAGAAAGGUUGGAAACAAUGAACAACAAUAGCGAUACAAAUUAUAUUUUAUUGGAUAUUAGAAAUGGAUAUGAGUGGGAUAUCGGUCAUUUCCAAGGUGCUCAGCGGCCUACCAUGGACAGCUUUAGGUACACAUCCUUUGGUUUAUCCCAAACUGAGGAUGCUGCUUCUGAUCCAUUGGCAAAUGUUGACAAAGAAAAGACAGAGGUAUUGAUGUAUUGCACGGGCGGUAUCCGUUGUGAUGUAUAUUCGACAAUUCUAAGGGAAAGAGGGUUUCAAAACCUCUACACCUUAAAAGGUGGAGUCUCUAAUUAUCUUAAAGAUGAAGGUAGCGAGCAAUGGGUUGGAAAUUUGUUCGUGUUUGACUCGCGGCUCUCACUCCCUCCAUCUGCCUACAACCCUGAAGCUGAAUCAUGCAGAACCCCUCAAUUUUCUGCAAAUAAUGCUUUUGCCAGAUGCUAUAUCUGUACUUCCCAGGUUUCUCAAUUAAGGCAUCGUAAUUGUGCGAAUCUUGACUGCAAUCUACUAUUUCUAUGCUGUAGAGAGUGUGUGAACGAGUUGAGAGGAUGUUGUUGUUCAGAAUGCACAAGUGCACCUCGACUUAGACCUGUUUUACCAGGGCCUCAAAGAUAUCAGAAAUGGCACAUCUACCGCGACUUUCGACAAGAACAACCAACCUAAUUUCUGCAUCAAAAAUUGCACUUCACUGUGCUACAAUUGUAAUCUUCUCCAGCUUUGUAACCUUUUGUUUUAAAUAAAAAGAAUGGGAUUCCGAAGAAUCCAGGAUGUUUUUAUCGAGUUUAAUCGGUCAUGUCUUCGUGAAAGGGAUGAUUUUUGGUAUAAUACUAGAUAUCAUAGGAUUUCAUCUCAAAA